UCUAUCGAGCACUCACUUAGAGUGAGUCUAAAAGACUCACUCACUUAUAUAAAGCUCUGUGCUAGAUAUUGUUAGAUCAAAAAGACAUAUCCCUGCCUUGUUUGGAGUUUGGAGUAUUGUAGUUGGGAUAAAACACAAGGGCUAUAAUGAAAGAUAGGGUCUGACUGCCCAGUAAAAGCCAUACAAAGGAAGCGCUAAAAAUAGAGGAAGGAAAGAUCACUUUCUUUGGGGGGAGGGGGUAGACAGUAAAAGUGAGUCUCAGGAACAAAAGAAAAACUUCAUGUAUAAGACAACAUUUGACAUUGUCUUUGUAUUGUCCAUAGUUCCUAUGGACAAAAGGCGAUAUGGUAGAAGGAUUUCCCAAGUAGAGGAAAUAACAUGUAGAAAAGCACAAAAGUGCAAAAGUAUAGGGACAUAUUUAGGGACCAGAGAUUAGUACUAUUUGUUCAUGAAGGAGAAUUAGGUCCUUCAGACUUGGCAGCUCUCCAGAGGAAUAUAGAAAAGGGGAAAUUUGAGUGAGGGUGACAGGUGGGAAGUCAUUUUUAAGUGUAAUUUGACUUCCUUUCUAUGGGCUCCCCUGGUAGACAGAGGCCCUCUGGGCAUUGCCUGACUUCCUUUGUUAUCUUCAUGCUGCAGGCGAUCCCUGAUGGAUGGGAAGUGGAGAUGAGGGGCCCCUCUUGGGUGUGGUAUCAACCCUGGUGGCCCGCAGGGCCACAAUCAAAUGGAUGAAUGAGUAGAGAAGUUUUGGAAGGUUGGUGUGGCUAUAAAGAAAAAAGACCUGAGGCUUAAACUAUGAAGCUUCCUCUGCUCUGCAUGGCCAUGCUUGAUGAGCUAGCCUUGGCCAUCAGCAGCUCCUUCAGAGUGCAAAGAGAAGGUGAAGUCCUGUCUAAGCUUAUCAUCUCCUACAAAGUCGUGAAGUUCUUUCCAAAAAGCCGACUAGUUCAUAUUUUAUCCCACUCAAUUCAGGGCUCUCUGCCUAUAAUCUACACUCUCAUAGAGUCAUCUAAUAUCACAGUAUCAAAGAAGAUCAUGGAUAAUGGACCAGCCAAAUUUCCCAUUCUUGCUACAUUCAAGACCCGGCCAGAUUUACUCAACUAGUAUUGCAGAGUGAGCACAGCUUCAGGGCAAAGAGCCUACAGUGACAUACUGAACCUCUUCUGGGAAAUGUGCGUAUCAGUGUCCCAGCCUCAGGCCAACUUCAGUCUGAUAGGUACAGGAUCAAGCCAAAUGGUGGUGGUGUCAUGCCUGGCAUCUGAGGGCAGCCCACCUAUCACUUAUAUGUUACUCAGGAAGAAUGGGUACAUCUUAAUGGAGAAGACACCCCUCCCUGGAAGACCAGCCAACUUUUCCUUACCAGUGAACAAAAUAUCAGCCUGGUAUGCAUGCCAGGCCAAAAAUAUUGGCAAUACACAAUGCAGUACCCUCACACUGAUGCCCCCAGGGGAACUACCUCUGGCACCAACUUUUGUACUAGCUAUAAGUCUGACUUCCAUGGUGGCUGCAUUUAUAAUCCUGUACCAGAACAUGAUGAAGAGGUAA